AAAAAAAAAAAAAUCUUACUUAGAAGAAGGAGAAGAAAAUGAACAUCUUCAGCUUCAGCUUUGCAUCCUCUGUUGAUGUGAAUCUCCUUGACUCUGGCACUCCUCCUACUGUGCCUUACAAGUGAUCUUGUCUCUUGUCUCUCCUGUCUGCUGCUAUUCCCACAAUGAGUCUUCCAUGCUAGGCGUGCCCGUUGCCACAAAAAAGCCCAUCUGAGAUAUCAUAUUAACCAACUCUUGAAGCGCAUCGACUCUCUAUACAACCAGCAAGAUGUGCGGCAUUCUAGCCCUUAUUCUCGCUAAUCCCACCGAGUCAGCGAGCGUUGACCUCCACGAAGCCCUCUACCUCCUUCAACACCGCGGUCAGGAUGCCUGUGGUAUAGCUACUUGCGCCUCUGCCGGCCGUAUCUUCCAGUGCAAAGGCAAUGGAAUGUGUGGAAAAGUCUUCCAAGACGGCCAGCGCGUCGCCGAUCUACCUGGGUUUAUGGGGUCUGUCUUCUCUCGUGGUAUCAAGGUAUUUCAACAUCUCUAACAGUUUUUUCAAUACAGACUCGGCCAUUUGAGAUAUCCCACUGCUGGAAGCUCAGCCAACGCCGAAGCUCAGCCUUUCUACGUAAACAGUCCCUACGGUAUAACCCUUGCGCAUAACGGCACCUGAUCAAUGCUCCAGAGCUCAAGCGAUACCUGGACUAUGAAGCCCACCGUCACAUCAAUACCGACAGUGACAGCGAGCUGAUGCUGAAUAUCUUUGCCAAUGAGCUCAACGAGACCAAAAAGGCUCGUGUAAACGUGGAGAUAUCUUCGCGGCUCUAGCCGGAUGUACGAGCG